UGAUUGGUUUGGUUAAAUGUAUUUCUAUGGAAUUGGUAUAAUUUUAGAGAAUUAAUUCUAAUUUAUAUUAAAAUUCAUUAAUUGGUAAUUGCUGUUAUGGCCCUAAUAUCGGCAGGCCGUAGAAUUCUCUAUUCCAAAAAAUUUCUAAUUUCCCCUCCAAGAAAUAUUGGGUACAUAGUCUUAUUGCCAGAAAUAGGUGAUGUUCCUACUAAAGAUCAACCAUUACUUAAAGAUAACCUUCCAGAAUUCAGUAAUGUUACCAUAGAAAACUGCACAGCUUUUAUAGCUAAACAAGCUUUAGAAUUUGAAAGUGAAGUCAAGAAAAUUGAAAGAAACAUUGAGUCGAAGCAUGUUGAUAUUAAUAAAGACGUAUUAGAGCCAUUAGAAAUUUCGAGUGCACCAUUUCAGCUAACUUGGGCAAUAUCUAAGACACUUUACUUGGGAAAUAAAACUGGUGUUCCAACAAAAACAUAUUUACCAAUACAUGAAAGAGCUAGACGAGCUCGUAGUGCAAAAUAUAAUAAUGUAAAAAUAUAUGAAGCAAUCAAAAAAGAACUAUCUGAAGAAAAAAAUCAUGAAUCGGAAUUAAAACGUGUGUUGAAAAAGUUUUAUAUUGAAGGAAAAUUGAAUGGAUUAGAUUUAGAUGACAAGAAAAGAGAAAUUAUGAGACAAGCAUUGGUUAAAUUAAACACAGAAAAACAACAUUUCAAACAAAAAAUUGAAUACCAAAAUGAAAAUUUUACUCAUACGAUACAAAACUAUGACAAUGUUCGAGAUUUUCCAGAAGAUUUACUUAAGGCAGUAUCAGUAGAUUCAUCUAAUCCCCUCAAAGGCCCAUGGAAAGUGACAUUACAUCCAAACAUUUAUUCUGAAGUAAUGCAGUAUUGUCCAGACCGUGAAAUAAGAUGGAAUUUAUGGCAAGCAUUAGUGAUUCGUGGAUCUGGUUAUUUAGAGAAAGAUAAAUACACGGGUGGUCAUUUAGAAGAGAUAAGAAAUAAAAGACAGGAAAUGGCUGAGUUAUUAGGUUAUAAAACAUUUGCAGAUAUGUCUAUGGAAACAAAAAUGGCAGGUUCUGUUGAAAUUGUUAAAAACACUAUUAAUAAUCUCCUAGAGAAAGCUAAACCUGCUCAAAAUGAGGAGCUGAAAAAUUUAUAUGAAUUUGCCAUUCAAAAUGGUUUUAAUUAUACUCAAUUGGAAUUGUGGGAUGUUCCCUACUGGAGGAAAAAACAAGAACUCUUGGAAUACAAAUUUAAUGUUGAAAACUAUCGAAAAUAUUUUCCAUACCCAAUUGUUCUUAAGGGAAUGUUCAAAUUAUGUGAAAAUUUAUUUGGUGUUGUGAUAAAACAAAGAAAUGAUGUCUCAACCUGGAAUAAGGAUGUUAAAUUCUACGAUGUUCUUGAUAGUCAAUCUAGUGCUCCAGUUGCUGGAUUUUAUGUAGACCCAUAUAGAGAAAAGGAGAAUGAAUUUCAGAAUAGAAAUACUAAAGGAUUCAUGGUUGCCAUUCAAAAUAAAAGUUCCAUCCGUAAUGUAAUACCUCUAGCUUCUUUAAUUUUCAAUUUUGAACCACCCUCGAAUGGGAAACCAUCUAGUCUAGGAAUUAAUGAAGUUUAUAGUUUAUUUCAUAGAUUUGGAUUGACUUUGCAACAUUUACUUACAAGAACAUCUUAUGAGGAAGUAUCUGGAGUUUCAAAUAUUGAAUGGGACAUGGUAGAAGUUUGUGGACAUGUUCUAACACACUUCCUCAGUAAUGAAAAUGUGAUGAAAAGCAUAUCUUCUCAUUUAGAGACUGGAGAUAAAUUACCAUCUGAUUUAAUGAAUCAGAUGUUACAAGCUAAAAAACAUAUGGCAGGGUUAGACCUAUGCCGGGAAUUAUAUUAUUCUGCUUUAGAUAUGGAAUUAUAUUCUAAAGGAGACCAUUGGUUGAAAAUAGCUAAGAAUUUAUGGCCUAAAUUCAUCAAUUUUCCAUUAGACAAAAACGAUUCUCAUCCUUGCUCUUUCACCCAAAUUUUUACUGAAGAAUGGGCAGCAGCUUAUUACUCACACAUCUGGUCCAGAAUGAUAGCGGCAGAUAUUUAUGGUGCUUUCGAAGAGUCUGAAGGAAAUGAACAAGAACUCAAAAAUGUAGGAAAACGAUUUAGGGAAACAUUUUUAGCAUUAGGAGGUAGUGAGCAUUCAACAGAAAUAUUCAGGCAUUUUAGGGGUAGAGACCCUUGUCCUAAAGCAUUGUUGAACAGUUUAGGGUUGAAUACUGAUAAUUGAAUAUUCAAAUGAAAGUGAAAAGAAUGUAUAAAGUUAUAAAGUCAAGUUUUUCUAAUGAAUUAAUUGCAGUUUGAAUUUAAGUUUAUAAUAUAGUAAUUCACUCUGUAGAAAAACUUUUCUAUAAUUUCAAAACUAAUUCUGUUUUUUUAUUAAUAAAUGCUACUUGUAUUUGUUAGUAAAAUAUACGUUUGUUACAAUA